CUCCGUCUCUCUCCCUUGCGCUUCUAUUCCUUCUACUCCUUCUUCUAUAUCCUCAUAUCCCUCUUCCUCUCUCCCCACCCGCUUGGUCACGAUUCUUCUUCGCCAGGGGUGCUUGCUUGACCUCUGCCACGCCCAUGAAUCAUGAUCGCGGAUCUAUGCCUGUUUUUCUUGCUCUUACUGCAACUGGCUUUGGCACAGCGGCACGAUGACGAUCUCAUGUCCUUCGUGACGCUGCCCGGGGUCAGGGCCUUGAAGUUCGACAUCACUCACCACGACCGAGACCUCGCGAGUCCAGGAUACUGGUUUGUCGCCCCGUACGGGAUGAUCGACCCGGAGGCUUCGACCCGCAAGUAUCUACAGUAUCAGGUCGGACCCUACAUCUAUGACCAAGAUGGGGUCCUCAUCUGGGCCGGAUCUCCUAUGUUUGGCAACCGAAACGUCUUCGAUUUCAAGGUCAUCAACAAUAUCGACGGCCGGCCACAUCUGUCCCUGAUCGCGCAACGGACCUCUGACGGAGGCGUUCCUGGUGGCGGUAUCAUCCUGAACCAGCAUUAUGAGCCCGAAGCGAUAGUCCCUAAGCUGGACGACACCUGGGAGUUCAACGUGCAUGAGUUUAAGGUGCUCGACGGCGGUAGGUCAGCCUUGGCGUGUGUGUAUCAGUCGAAGGUACUGGACCUGGCGGACGUGGGUCGCCCUGGGGAACAGAGACUCUUCCUGACCGGUGGGUUUGCCGAACUGGGCCUUCCCACGGGGAUACCGUUGUUCGAAUGGGACUCGGCAGACCAUCUGGGCAUACAUGAGACAGACCGGUUCCACACGUGGGAAGAACCCAUGGGCGAUUGGGGAUACGAUUCCGUCCAUAUGAAUUCGGUCGAUAAGAAUGCCGACGGUAACUAUAUCAUCUCCAUGCGAUUUACCGACACAAUCUACAUGAUCUCUGGAGUGGAUGGACAUGUGAUGUGGCGGCUGGGUGGACGAGAGUCCAACUUUAUGCAGGACUUUGUCUUCUCCAAGCAGCAUGAUGUCAAGUUUGUCGAGUCCAAUGGGACGCACCAUAUCAUCUCCUUCCUGAAUAAUGCCUCCGAUGAGAUCACGACGAAUGAAGAGGUCUCGUCUGCGAUGUUUGUCUUGCUGGAUACGACAGCCUACCCGAUGACUGCCACGCUGAUCGCCCGCUAUCGCCGUCCGGAUGGCCAGUUGUCGAGGCUUCGUGGCAAUGUCCAAUUGCUCCCCAACGGCAAUGUGUUUGUCGGAUGGAGCGAGCGAGGGUAUCAGAGCGAGUUCUCCCCGGAUGGGCGUAUCUUGAUGACGGCCCGGUUUGCAUCGGAUCGCUUCUCGACCUAUCGCGCAUACAAGUCCGAGUUCACUGGCCGGCCUCGUACACCACCCGAUAUAGUGGCAUCUGUUUACGGGACAGACGACUCGGAUCUGACCACGAUCUUCCAUGUGAGCUGGAACGGUGCCACGGACGUGGCCCGAUGGUACUUCUACGCGCAGGGGUAUGAUGGCGGAGCCCCUGUGCUAGUUGGGAAUGUCACCAAGAAGGAUUUCGAGACCAUGUAUGUCGGCCACGGGUUCUUGGACUGGGUAUCCGUCGCAGCCAUCGGCCAUGAUGGCAAUGUGAUGGGCACCUCCGCCGUACAUCGGACUCGGACACCCGACGACUGGAAGGCUGCUGGGUACGUCGGAUCGUCCAAAGGACCGUCCCCGACCAACCCCUCGAGCGUGUCUCUGAUGGCAUCUGGCGACGCCGAAGUUGUUACGGCGCUUUACCAAGCGUACGAGGUUGUCCGCGGGCUUGGAAGGCUCCUCAUUCUCAUUCUCAUCUUGUCAUCACUCAUCGGGGUCACUCUGGGGGCUUACUGGGUUCUUUUCCGUCGCCGGCGGCGGCAGGCGCAAAUCUAUCGCCACGUUCCCUCGGGGGAGAGCGUCCCCAUGGUCGAAGCGUCUUUGCACACGCACGCCGAGGAUUGAACCGCCUGGUCUGGUCGGGUGAAUAUAGGAUAAGGGGGGGGAUUGUAUUUUUAGACCGUCGCAUAAUAAAU